UUGCUGUGCUCGCCAGACUUGAGGUGACCAAAGUCCUUGACGAAGUUGUUGAGGUCGUAGUCGCGGUUGAACUUGUGGGGGUAGGGGUAAGGGCUCUUGGACUCUAUGAGCUUCUUGAUGUUGCGGGACCGGAUCUCGAAGUACUGCUGUUUGCAGUUAUCAAGAGUCAGCAAUUCAGUACAGUAUUCCCACAAGGAACCCUUUGGGACUCACGUUAGGAGUCAGCUCCUUCUCCUCGGCCUCGUCGUUCGACUUCUUGGCAGCCUUGGGGGGCGCGGCAGCCGCCUUGUCGGCCUUCUUCGCAUCGCGCUCGCGCUGCUUCUGCCUCUUCUUGAGCUCAGACUUGGAGACCUUCUCUCCAGUCACCUCGUCGAGGUGCAGGUUGGCGACCUGCUCGGUCGGGGGCGCUUCAGAGUCGGCCAUGUUUGGGGAUCGAUUGCGUCUGCUUAUGAUGUGCUUCGCGCAAUCGAAUUGCUUGCGUCACGAACGAAGGUGAGGGGCACGUUUAUCAAAAGUAUGUCAUGGAUUUUUGCGACGAUGGCGGGGCAUUAUUUUUUGAGCUUGAGUCACGCACAUUCCCUGUCGCGGGGUAGCAGGCAGAGCGCCGAUGCCGGGUAAGCUCAUUGACUCACCUAAAUGCACUUCGCUUCACGUGCAGAUCUCUGUUUGAUGCUGCUUUGGUCGCCAGCACACUAGUAUCUUGCGCAUGCAUGUCAU